UGCGCCCGCGCGCACACCCGCUUCUCUGUGCCGUGACGUCACGAGCGGCCACAGCAGCGGCAGUCCGGUGAGUGAACCGGUCUGUGUCCAGCGUGCUUUUCCCUCCCGCUCUUCACCGCGAAACACCUCACCGACUGCGGGCUUCAUGUGCAUUUAAGAGAUCCAGGUGGUUCCUAACCACUUCUUUCUUCAGCACAGGACACAUCUCCCUCUCCAUCGUUUUUUUUUUAUACCCCUCUCCUCUCUUUUGGAUGUCAUUACGAUGGGACUACUUGAUGCUCUUAGAGAUUUCAGUUUACUGACAUGGCUGAGGGAAGAGAGACAGUCCAGGAGGCUGAUCCUGUUCAUCGUUUUUAUUGCUUUGCUAUUGGAUAACAUGCUGUUGACGGUGGUGGUACCCAUCAUCCCAAGCUACUUGUACACAGUGGACGAUGAGGCUUCCACUGCAGUCAAGAACCACUCCGUCUCCUCUCAGUCUCCCUCCGGAACCUUACAGACUAUCGUGUCUCUUUACGACAACUCCACUCGCUUGACCAACCUCAUCCCGCAGGUCAGCACCCCAGGCGUGACCUUGCCCCCGACCCCAGCGGCCAAUGCCUCCGACUGCCCCAAAGCCGACCAGCAGCUCCUGAACGAGAAUGUAAAGGUGGGGCUCCUGUUUGCCUCAAAGGCCACAGUGCAGCUCAUCACCAACCCAAUUAUAGGACCUCUAACUAACAAAAUUGGCUACCAGAUCCCGAUGUUCGCCGGCUUCUGCAUCAUGUUCCUCUCAACGAUCAUGUUUGCCUUCUCAUCGAGCUACAUGCUGCUGUUCCUGGCCAGGUCCUUGCAGGGAGUCGGCUCUUCUUGCUCCUCUGUGGCAGGUAUGGGAAUGCUGGCAAGUGUGUAUACAGAUGACGAGGAGAGAGGAAAUGCAAUUGGUAUAGCACUGGGAGGACUUGCUAUGGGAGUACUAGUUGGCCCACCAUUUGGCAGUGUAAUGUAUGAGUUUGUGGGAAAAACGGCUCCUUUCCUGGUCCUGGCUGUUUUAGCAGUAUUGGAUGGAGCUCUGCAGCUGUUUGUGCUUCAGCCUUCUAAAGUUGAACCAGAGAGUCAAAAAGGCACAUCGCUGAUGACCCUCAUGAAGGAUCCUUAUAUCCUCAUCGCAGCAGGGUCUAUUUGUUUCGCUAACAUGGCCAUCGCAAUGCUGGAGCCCGCCCUGCCAAUCUGGAUGAUGGAAACUAUGUGUGCCAGAAAAUGGCAGCUAGGAGUCGCCUUUCUGCCAGCCAGCAUCUCUUACCUGAUCGGGACGAAUAUCUUUGCUGUUCUGGCUAACAAAAUGGGGAGGUGGCUGUGCUCUCUCAUAGGAAUGCUGCUGGUUGGGAUCAGCAUUAUCUGUGUGCCUUUUGCGAAAGACAUCUACGGACUCAUUCUGCCAAACUUUGGAGUCGGGUUUGCAAUCGGCAUGGUGGACUCCUCUAUGAUGCCUAUCAUGGGCUACUUAGUGGAUCUGAGACAUGUGUCAGUGUACGGCAGCGUGUACGCCAUAGCUGAUGUGGCCUUCUGCAUGGGCUUUGCGUUCGGCCCAUCAGCCGGUGGAGCUAUCGCUCGCAGUAUCGGCUUCCCGUGGCUCAUGACCAUCAUCGGCGUGGUGGACAUCCUGUUCGCUCCGCUCUGCUUCUUCCUCCGCAACCCUCCAGCCAACGAGGAGAAAAUGGCCAUCCUGAUGGACGUGAAUUGCUCCAUGAGGACACGCUCCUACUCCACCCAGGGCUCCAGCUAUCAGAUGGGAGACGACAUGGACUUGGACAGUCCAGAGUAGACGUCUUUACCCUGUCUCAGACCUAGACCUUUGCCCCCUAGCCGUGUAUGUGCCCUUCUAGCGUUUAUUUUGCUGUAUUAAAAGGGAGAAUAGGGACUUUUAACACAAUUUCUGGCUGAUUUUCGUGAGGCUGUGUCCCUAACACUUUUGUCGUUUGUUCUGCUGAAACCAAAGCCGUUGUCAUCGUCCUUUAAAAUUAGGGUUGAAGUGGCACAUCGAGUCAAACCAACAGCCUUAUCUACACGCUCAGUGGGGCCAUUUAUUCGGAAACAGGGUCUUUAAAGCCACCAGCAAGGAUACGACAAGACACUUGUGUUUAUAUUAGGGGUGGGACGAUAUGCAGUGUGCUGAGGUACAAAAAAAAUGUAUUAGUUUUUCCAGAACAAACAUAUCAGAGAAAAAUUCAAAUAAAACAAUAUUUCCACACCAACCAAUCAGUUUACAUCAAUAAUUUCCGGAUCUUUCUGAAGUUUGUAGUUUAAAAAUCAUUAAUAUUACUGUAUAAGGUUUUCAUAUCAGGAUUUUUUCCCCCACCCCUCGUUCAAUAAAACAUCACAUUUCCAUCAAAUGAUCUGCUUUAGUCAUUAUAGAAAAUCGUGAUCUUGUAUAAUUAUAUCAUUAUAAUUCUAUUGUAAAAUAUUAGAUUAGAAAUUUAGAUAUUAAAUUAGAUAUUUAUUUACGUCAAACAUUUAUUUAUGUUCUUCAGAAAUCUCAUUUAAAAUACAACGAACACAACUCUAAUUUUCUCAACUUUUGUUUUACGUUUCCUUUAUGUUAUUAACCGUUAAUUAACAGUGUUAUUAAGUAACUGUUACUUAGUUGUAAAUCCCUGAUUGUGGCUUUAAAACACGAAAUUGAAGGUGACCUGUGCUCCGUCCACAUCCUGUAGGUUUAACUGCUCAAACACUUAAAAACUCAAAGAUGACUUGGCUAUUUUUUGGAAAAUCUCCAUUAGGGGUCACAUGUUGAACAAUGCACUAUAGGGAGGCAACUCAGCUACACAUAGCACAAUAGAGGCUGAUUUCUAUAUUAGGGUUUUAUUUUGACGGGAAGGGACAGUUGUAUGAGGAGUUCAUUUGCGGUGCGGCUAAAACGAAUCCUAUUUUACCUCAAAAUGGCCUUACGAUGUUUCCGUUAUAUAUAACGAGGGGUGACUGUUCCAUAAAGACCACACAUCUGAUUCCUUAUUCUAAUACAAAAUGCUGAGUGCGUGACGAGAGAGAGAGUGAGAGAAAAGUAGAGGGAAAGAGAAAAAGAGAGAGAAGAAGGGAGAGAGAGAGAGAGAAAUAGUCCACCUGAAGUUCAUGUGAUGUUUACAUUCAGUGUUGCCUCCAAGCUGAAUUUGUUUGUGGGCUCGUUACAUGUUCUUGUCUGUUCAGGUCUUAUAUACGUGUACAAGCUACAGUUUAAGAUCUCGAUGUCGUCUUAUUUAUUAGCGUGUAACCAACAACGAGAUUUAUUCAGCACAUCGUUUAGAUCCUAUAACGACACGGAAAAAAAGACACAAUUUAGCUCCUGGUUACGAACAUGAGCCGUGUGCGUGGGCGUGUCCUUCCUUCAGGUGUGAAAUCCGCCAUGUUGGAUAGUGACGAGAGAUCGCAUCAUUUCAUCAGCUUUCAGUUCGGUUCAACCGGAAACGCAGUGCUGUAGAGGAUCUUGUUACAGUGCCUCUGGUUGAUUAGAUGAUAUUCUGAUUUCUAUAGUGUAUAUAGUAUAUAUCUAUAUUUUAGUACGCACAUGUGAAGACGGUUAUUAAAGAUGUCUGCUGUUAGUCGUGCUACUUUAUUUCUGCUGAUCUUUAUAUAAGGUGCAUAUAUGCACAUCAUAUUGAGGUUUAUAUGUAUAUUCAUAAAAGCCAUACAACUACUAGAAACUUUUCAUCUUUAGCCGUUCCGUUAUUUCCGCUCGUGUCCGAUUCUGUCUUGAUGAUGGAAGGAGCUGUAAAGGUCCAGGAGGUCUGGAAAAGCAGAAUAUCUGUGAUAUGGUUAUGCCUUAAAGAGCACAUCUCUUAAUCAGAUCUGUAGUGUUAAAGCCGUGUGCGUGCAGCUCCGCCAUGCACGCAGGCAAUCCAAGCUAAUGAGAUAGAGCAGAGAACGUUAUUCUAACCAUCUCCAGAUCUUUAAAAAAAAAAAAAAAAACACCGAAGCUGCUUUCUAGUGAUUUUAGAUUUAGCCUUCUAUAUUUGUAUCAAUAGUGUAUGGUCACGCAGACAUGUCAGUGCUGAAUCUAUGACACUUCUGUCUAAAAAAUUUUACUAAUAUACUAAAAAUACUAACCAGGAUCAUCUGGCUUUGCCACACAGAGCUAUCAAACUAUCAAGAUAUAUCCGUAUCAUAAUAUAGUGAUAUACAGCAAUCCUCUCCGAGGCUGAAACCUCCAUCACACUCAAAGCCACCUUGCUAAUUUCGAAAUAGCCAAAAUAGCCUUUAUUUGUCACAUAUACAUGACAUGUCAUAUAUAUUCUUGGAGGUCAUUUCCCAACAGACCUGGGAUUUAUUUGCAAAAAAUACAAUAAUCCCAGCUAAAUGUGCCUCUGUAGAUCUGUGGGUGCCUUUUUUUUAUAAAGGAUUUGGAAUAAGGAUAAAGAUCCAAGCGUACACCAGGAAACGUACAGCUUAGAGGAUACUAGGAUUUCCUGUCUGCAGCUUAUUUCAGGUGAUUGGAUUUGUCUCGAAUAGUACAGUAAAAUAAAAGAAAAGUACCGUAUCUACCGUGUAAUCUGGGUGUUUAUUGUAAUCUGUUAUGCUAAUCUUAUAUUAGGAUUUUUGGGCAGUGAUGUAUUUGAGGUCAAACAUGACGUAUGUAAGCUACAGAGUGAGUUUCAAUCAUCUGUUUUAUUUCAAGUUUCAAUUAAAAAAAUUUUUUUAACAUAGUGCAAGUUUACAGCUUUUCCGGAUUUAAGCUCAGAGACAGAGAAGAAACCGUCGCUUAUGGAUGUGUCAUUAAUCCUGGAAGGAGUUUAUUCUGUUCACAAACACAUCAUCCCUCCAAGAAUAAGGAUUAAAAGUAGUGUUGUUUAUUUUUCUUGUUCCGAGGUCACAUGCGUAUAUGCCAAUGUCAGUGUGUGCCUUUCUUCACGUGUCUUCUGUAUGUGUGUGCGCGCACGUGUGUGUGUGUGUGUAAAAAUAUCUCCUCAAGGCCAUGACAGUUUUGUAUCCUGUAGAUUUUCCUGUAGUCACAAAUCAUAAGACUGUAAACAUUAUAGGGUGUAUGUACGUAGUUGGGACUACAGGCAAAAAUAAAUAAAUGUUGAAAAAAUCGAGUCAAUUUGUUGCGAGUGGUGUUUGAAUAAACAGUGUGUUAAGAAGGAUGGAUGUAGUGCGUUUACCCGGCGCUCGGUCACA